UAAUAUUGUACUGUAUCUUCCUUUUUAAAAUGUAUAUUCAUAUACAAUGGAAUCUUUUCAUAAAAAACGCAGAUUCAUUGAUUCCUGCAGCCUGAAAGUUCACACGAGGCUCCCUUUUGUGGGUCAUCCUGACCCAGGUCAUCCCAGCAUGGCCACUGUUUGCACUGCUGUGACCGCAUGAUAACACACACUAACCACAGUGGUCGAACAGAGCUAAAAGAUUUGCUCUGACUUUCUGUCCCACUGGCAGCGGAAGACAAGUGGAACAGACUGAGGGGAGAGAAAAAAGGCUCUUGAAGAUCAUGGUCAAACGGAACCUGGUUCAAUCCACCCGCUCCAUCUAUCUGGGCCUGGCAUGUCUAUCUCUCACUCUUCAUCUCCUUCUGGCCUGUUUCUGCCUCUCAGUCCUCCAGACCGCCUGCACCCCGCCCGCCUCCUCCACCUCCUCUUCUAUUCCAAGAACAGAUCCUCAAUCGCGUCAGUCCUUCUCGUCGCCUGCUGCCUCUUCCUCAGACAAACUGCCAAGUGGCCUUCAGAAAGCGAACGCGUUUGACCCCGACAGGGAAAAAGCACUCAGAACUGAGACAGAUGAAGAAAAAACACAACCGAGGCCCGAAAACCUAAAGCAGAGGGUGAAGGGUCACUCCAAGCUGGAGGAGCUGUUCAGCCACCCACUCUACAACCUGCCACGCCCACCAAUGCAGCAAGAUGAUUGGCUGCUUAGGGUAAAAGCAGAUGAGGACGGAGGGGAUGAAGGAAGUGAGGAAGAGGAGAAGGAGGACUUUCUUCCUCAUGACAGUGAGUGCCAUACCUGCAGGCAAAGCACCAGUCAGGAGGAAGGCUAUGAUGAAACCACUUGGACAAGUGAUAAAGAGACUCACCCUCCCUGGCUGCGGUUCCACUUGGGCAUCUCUCGCUGGGAGCUGUACGACAGGAAAGACUCCAACCUGGCCCAGUUGACUCACUAUCUGGCAACACAACCCAUCCUCAGAGCUGUUCAGAAGACAGGAGGUACGCAGCUGAAACUGCUCAUAACCUUCCCAAAUUAUGGACAAGCUCUGCUCAAGCCCCUGAGGCAAUCCAGAGAGGCCGAAACAGACACCAACCUCUUCUACUUCUCUGACUUUGAAAGGCACAACGCAGAGAUCGCCGCCUUCCAUCUUGACAGAGUUCUGGGCUUCAACAGGAUUCCCCCGGUGGUCGGUCGACUUAUUAAUGUCACCUCAGAGGUCAGAGAGAUCACCACUGACCGCCGCCUCGCCAAGACCUUCUUUACCUCUCCUGCCGGGAAUGUCUGUUUCUACGGCCAGUGUGAAUACUACUGCUCCACAGAGAACCCGGUGUGUGGACGGCCGCACAUGUUAGAGGUUUCCGUGGCUACCAUGCUGCCCGACCUCUCCCUCGCUCCUCGCAGAUCAUGGAGGUCCCCGUGGCGACGCGCCUACAGCCGCACCAAGCUGGCACAGUGGGAAACAAACCCCGCUUACUGUGACAAAGUGAAGCAAACGCCGCCCUACAACCACGGCACCAGACUGGUGGAUCUCAUUGACAUGGCCGUGCUGGACUUUCUCAUGAGCAACAUGGACAGACAUCACUAUGAAACCUUUGAAAGCUUUGGGAAUCAGACUUUUUUGCUGCACUUAGACAACGGACGGGCAUUUGGACGACAUUCUCAGGAUGAGCCUUCGAUUUUAGCACCACUAAGACAGUGCUGCAGGAUCCGUCGCUCCACCCUCCUGCGCUUGCGCCUCCUGUCCCUCUCUGAUUUCGGUUUGAGUGAGGUGAUGCGUGAAUCUCUGGCUCAGGAUCCUCUGGCGGCCGUGGCACCACUCCUUUCUGAACCACACCUGUCAGCGUUGGACCGACGCCUUGCAAAGGUCCUGGCAGCCGUGGAGAUUUGCCAGGAGAAGCACACAGAUGUCAUCUACGACGACCUGGAGGAAUUUGAUCAAAACUUUGAGCCUCAGGCUGUCUGACGAAGAUAAUAAACAAUAAAUGUUUCAUUUUCUGCAAAAAAAAAAAUGUAUCUCCCUCAUGCUUUUUUAAAAAUAAAUUGAUAGUUUUGUUACAAAUAUCUUAGAUUUAUUCAGUUUUGAAAUACGGAUGAUAUAAAUUAAAUAUCAUGGAGGUAAAGCCUGUAGAACCUGUAAAACCUUACGGUUUUGCCUCCCAAUUUUUGUUGUAACUUUCCCAAUUUUUAAUGAAUAUUAGGGUAUAAAAGAUUCAUUUUUACAAUUAUUUGAUUCAUAUCAUGUUUUACUGUAUGGUUGCAGAUCCGAUUCAUUGUUAAUUUUGGUUCAUUGCCAAAAAUCCAACCAGUGUGACUCAGAUAAAUACCUGGGUACUGUACAGUGCAGGUGAAGUUUUCCAGAUUCCUUGUUCUUCUCAGUAAUCAAGUUUAAAUUAAAGGAGACAUCUGUCAAGGUUGUCUUUCAAAGAGGCACAAGAAAGCACUGCCCCCCUCUCUCUUUGUCUUAUUCAUUAAACCUAUAGCUAUAGAUAUAUGAGGGAAUUAAAACAAAAAAAAAACAUCUGUCACAAAAUAAGUCUUUAUGCAGAUGAUGGAGUAUUAAUCUUUCCCCACAACUCAGACUUCUUAGUCCCUAGAGCAGUGGCAGUAAUUGACACCUUUUCAUCCAUCUCUGAGUACCAAUAUACCAUUAAAGACAGGGAAUAUUAAAUAUUUAGGUGUCACUUACUUAUCCCAUUUAUUCUACACUGGGUAAACUGACUCCCAUUUGGAACAAUCCUGACAUUCUAAUGAAAGAAAAUGGUUAACUUCUCCACCUGGCAGGCUACGGGUAUUACACAUAUUGAGCAUAUAUGCUCAAUAAUUCAAGAAAAGUUAUUGAAGAUAAGAAUUCAAGAAAAAACUUUUCUCUUUGAAAAUGUGAAGGAAUUAUAUGGAAUAAGUAAUAACA